GAAUAAAUGCUUUCCGUGUGUUUUUGUGCGCGCUCACGCUUUUCAUAUUUCUCUGGAUGUUGCAUGAGACGUGCCUCUCCGUGAUUGGGGUUGUUUUCUCACGUCAGUGCAAUUGCGUCUCGGUUUGUCUGCUUUCUUUGCAUUUAAGCGAUUGGGAACGCAUUGUGUGUGUGCGAUUUAGACAUCAAAGACUGGCAUUGCCUGCAUAGCGUCAUACUCUGAAUUCAUAUUUCAUCUCUCCCUGAUAUGCUCUCUGUGCCAGCAGUGGCUGCGGCAGGCAUAUCACUGCACUUUAAUUGCUUUUGUGUAAAACACAGACUUGGCAUCACAGACACUGAGCGCAAUCCGCAUUUGCUUGUUCUUACACGUGAACAGUGUGCAUGUUGAUGAGCGUCUAGUCUCGUGUUUAUUGGAGCAUGUUCGGUGAGCGCUGUGUGUGUGUGUGGUGAACCGUACGUCACCGUUAUGUCAGGCGCGCUGGCCGGAGAUCGGUAUCUCCGUAAACGUCAAUCAUUCCAUUCACAAUUGGAAUGAAGAUCAGAGUACCAGCGGCUCCUGCUUUCCCAGUGCGGGAUCAUCCUGAGCUCGUGGCACAUUGUUAAGUGAUGCUUUAUCAAAUAUUAAAUGGAAGUGAAAGCAGCUGCUCGUAUUAGAGGGGACUGAAGAUUGAAGGCAGCUUGCCUGUCUCAGGCCAUCCACAACGGAGUGUCUGAGGUUAUGGAGGAGGAAAGCAACUUAAAGAAACGAAAAAGUGAACAACAAGGUAACCAGGGCUCUGAGACUGGUCAAGAGGGGGUGGAGAAGGUCAAAAAGCGGCGUGGUCGCCCUCCUGCAGAAAAGCUGCCGCCCAACCCUCCCAAACUCACCAAACAGAUGAACACCAUUGUAGACAUGGUCAUCAACUACAAGGACACGUUGGGCCGACAGAUCAGUAAAGGCUUUGUCCAGCUGCCUUCAAGAAAAGAGGUGCCGGAGUACUACGAGCUCAUCCGCAAGCCAGUGGACUUCAGGAGGAUCAGGGAGAGAGUGCGUAAUCACAAAUACAGGUGCAUUGCAGACCUGGAAAAGGAUAUCAUGCAGAUGUGUCACAACGCUCAGACAUUUAAUCUGGAGGGAUCUCAGAUCUUCGAGGACUCCAUUGUUUUGAAGUCUGUUUUCGAGAGUGCCAGACAACGAAUAGUGGAACUGAGUGAGGAAGACAAUGACGCUGUUGGAAGCAGUGAAGCUGAUGGUAGCCACCAUUUAGAUAUCAAGGCUCCUGUUUCAGAGACAACAAAUCCCAGGCUGGAUGAAAAAAAGGAGAAAAAUCAAACUGCUCCUAGUAAUUCUAGUUCAAAAGAGGUGGCGCACAGUGAUGAAGACAUUGGUAAAGAUUGUGGAAAUACCACAAGAGGACUAUUCAACUAGCCUCAUAUACUGAGCAUUGUCAUUUUAAGAACAUUGUAUGGCCAUUUCAGUCCAAUUUCCUUGAUGUUUGGCUCAAGGAUUUGCUCUGAAUGUGAUCUCUCAUAAAAAUUGUUGCUUAAAACACCUUUAUAAUACCUUUGUAUUUAAAAAAAAACAACAAGAACAUUGUUAAUGCAGUGCUUCUUCUGCAGUGAUGCAUCUGAAAUUGACUUUAAUGUUUUCAUGUAUUUAUAAUAUGUAAAUAUAUCAUAAACCCAAAAUUAUUAUAAAAACACAGUGAAAAGAGUCUACAAAUUCAGACUUCCUGAACAUUUUCUCACUUUUUUUCCUUAUGGAUGGAAAAUUUAUGGCAUAUUAUGAUAUCGUAUGAUCAUUUAAAUGGAUACAUUCAAUCUUUUAAGAUGGGAUAAGCUGUGCUAAAUUUGCAGGCUCUUAUGUCUCUGUUUCAGAGAAUUUUUAAUCGGUGGUUUUUGUGACUAUAAGAACUUUGUCAUCCCCCUAUUUGUAUGUUUCCCUUUUCUUCAUUAACCAACAACAUCUUUUAAAAAAAGGCAGUGGUUUUUUUAUCAAGCAGCUCUGUAUUUGUUUUUUUUAUGUUUUAGUUAUCACAGAACUGGAACAGGCUGUAAUAGAGGAGCUUUGGGUAGGAUGGCAAUGUAUUCUUGGGUGACGGAUUAGAUUCUGCCCUCAAAGAGAGGCACCUAUUGAUGAUGCUGUGUGUGCAGCUCAUGAUGGACAGUGGUGGUGUAGCGUCCUUCUGGACAGAUUGACAGGAUAAAAUAAAAAUGUACAGGGUUUGUGUGAUGUGGAGGUAGAGCAAAGUUUGAGACAUCAUCUUACAAAAAUAAACAUUUUUAUGAAAUCACAG